AUAGUAUACGGGUUUCGAGCCAGCAGUGCAGGUCCAUCCCUCCUUGCGAUACGAUCGAGAGAGUGGUGUCGAGUUUCUCUUUUAAAACGUGACGCUCUUUCUCAUUGAAUUCUCACUUAAAAAAAUAUUUUUCUGUUUACUACGUCGAAUAUAUAAAAAGAAGAAAAGUUGAGAGCUAAGGGAUGCUCGUUAACAAGUGCCAGUCUGUUCAUAUCCUCGCACGCUGCUGUCUUCUAAGCGGGCAGAGGACCCAUUGGAAAAGAUGUUUGACUGGCUCAGCAUUGAGAGAACCAAAAAAACCGAUAAUCACGACGGAAAUACCUGGACCACGUUCACGAAGUUUGCUUCAAGAACUUAAUUCGAUGCAGCAAGCCUCCUCGGUCCAGUUCUUCGCAGAUUACGAUAAGUCAACCGGUAAUUUUAUAAUGGACGUCGAUGGAAAUACGUUGUUGGACGUUUAUAUGCAAAUUUCGUCGAUACCUUUAGGCUAUAAUCACCCAGCCUUGUUGAAUGCUCUCGCUGAUCCAGUAAAUCAAAAGAUCAUGGUAAACAGGCCAGCGUUAGGUGUAUUCCCAGGAAAAGAAUGGCCUAACAGAUUGAAAAAAAUUUUUCUUAAGAAAGAGGUCGCUCCUCCAGGAUUGUCACAGAUCACAACAAUGAUGUGUGGUUCUUGCUCGAAUGAGAACGCUUUCAAAAAUAUUUUCAUGUGGUACGCAGAAAAACAACGAAAAGGUGCACCUUUUACAAAAGAAGAAAUGCAAACGUGUAUGAUGAAUCUAUCACCAGGUUCUCCUAAAUAUUCGAUCAUGUCUUUCAAAGGUGCAUUCCAUGGUAGAACUUUAGGUUCCUUAUCAACGACCCAUAGUAAAUAUAUACAUAAGAUUGAUGUACCCGCUUUUGAUUGGCCAAUAGCUUCAUUUCCUGAAUACAAAUAUCCUCUUGAAGAUAAUAUCCGAGAAAAUCAAGAAGAGGAUAGACGUUGUUUGGCCGAGGUCGAAGAACUGAUUGAAAAAUAUAAGAUAGAAAAGAAGAUACCUGUAGCCGGUGUCAUAAUCGAACCGAUUCAAUCCGAAGGUGGUGACAAUCAUGCAUCUCCCGAAUUCUUUCAAGAACUGCGUCGUAUAACAUCCAAACACGGAAUAGCUCUACUUAUCGAUGAAGUACAAACAGGCGGUGGACCAACCGGAAAAAUGUGGUGCCACGAAUAUUUCAAUUUAAAUUCACCACCAGAUUUGGUGACCUUUAGUAAGAAGAUGCAAUUGGGUGGUUAUUAUCAUCGAGAAGAUUUAAAACCAAAGCAAUCCUAUCGUGUGUUCAAUACAUGGAUGGGUGAUCCUAGUAAAUUGAUAUUAUUGGAAGUAGUAUUAGACACCAUAAUAAAAGAAGAUCUUUUGAAACAAGUCAACCGAGUGGGUAACUACAUGUUAAAGGAAUUGAAUACUCUUCAAAAUGAACAUUCUACAAUAAUGAAUUCCGUUCGUGGUCGUGGAACGUUUAUAGCUUUCAAUUGCGAAACAUCUGAACGUCGAGAUGCUCUUAUCAAAAAAUUAUUAGCUAAAGGUAUACAAACAGGUGGAUGUGGUGAUAAAGCAGUAAGAUUAAGGCCGGCAUUAACGUUCACAGAAUAUCAUGCUGAUAUAUUUUUGGACGCUUUACGGAGCAUUUUAAAAGCUUAAAAUCUUAAGGUUUUAUGAAUACCUUUUGAUCGAUCGUUCAAUCAGACGUCUUCCAUAGAUUAUAGAUAUUAUAAUUUUGAAGAAUUUAUUAAGAACAUCUACAAAGUCUAUCCUUAGGUAAUGACAUAUUUUUGUAUGGCAGUUUUAUCAUCGUAUAAAUAAUGUGACCGAUUCAAUCUCCAAAAUUUAUUCGAUCAGAUAUACUCAGUAUUGAUAAAAAGUUUAUUAUAAUUAACGUUUAAUACUCUUGCUUCUUUACUGUUGUAAUUAUUAUUAUUAUUACUAUUAUUAUUAUUAUUAUUAUUAUAGUUAUUGUUAUUAUUAUCAUUAUUAUUAUUAUUAUCAUUAUAUCUUAAUCUUUUUGUUGUAAAUUUUUUUUUAUUAGAUAAACUUGCAUUUGUAUUUUCUUCAGUCGCUCUUAUCUC